AAUAAUUGCGGGUGCACAAUAAAUUGACGGCAAACCUAUUUCGAAAUCCGUUUUCUUUUAUUCAAUGAGCCGAAACGAGUGCUCGUGAAAACGAUACGCGCGAGGACGUCAGGACUUGCUGUUGAAAUCACACACGAGUACGCUCACUGCGUAGUACAGCACAUCCUGCCUCUGGCAAAGGAAUAACUCGUCGUAGUCGUGGUAGUGUAUCUCGCCUCAUAGCGGAUCACACACAAACGAAUCCCUCUUUGGCUAUUCAGUGAACGAAUCGCGUCACUGAAUCACUCGGUUCGCUUGAGCCCCUCCUUUUCCUGCUCGGCGCUGGCUGCCCAUUGGUCACUGACAUCGCUGGCGAGUCGAAAAAACAACGGAGUGAGUGACGACACAACGCUGCGGCGGAUCCGUUUCCCUUCAGCCCGGCGGCCAAGCACAAGAACGAAUCAUUUCAUACAGCGAUUCGCUUCAGUUCGUUCACAAAAAAGAUUCGUAAUAAGACUAUUCUCCGGUGGCGGAAGUUACGCCAUAGGACCCAAGAUGUCGGCUCCCCUUGAGGUUGUGUUGAGCAGCGACGCGAGCUCGCAGCUUUGGAACGUGUCCGUGUUCGACGCGCACAGCGGCUCCAGCCUGCUCUCCUACCGGGGGGGCAACAGCUCGGCCCGCACGCUCUGCGUCCUCAACGGCCAGUACCUGCUGUCUGCGCAGCUGGCCAAGAACUUCAUCAACGUGUGGGAGAUCCACAGGAAGGAGCAGCUACAGCAGAAGAUCGUUUGUCCGGGCGUGGUCACGUGCGUCAGCGCCUCCACCGACGGAAUCUUCUUGGCGGCCGGUGUGGCAGAAGCCGUUUAUUUGUGGGAGGUGUCCACAGGCAAGCUGCUGUCCGUGGUCACUCGCCACUACCAGGACGUCACCUGCGUCAAGUUCACUGAUGAUGGGAGCCAUUUUGUUUCUGGGGGGAAAGACAGUGUGGUUCUUGUGUGGAGUCUCAGCAGUGUGAUCCAAGUGGAGUUAAGCCACACCCCCGAGCCUCGCCACAUCCUGUCCCGUCAUUCCUUGCCAAUCACAGACCUCCACUGUGGCAUGAUGGGGGUGCAGGCCCGUGUCGCCACCGCCUCCUUGGACCAAACUGUGAAGCUGUGGGAGGUGUCUUCGGGUGAGCUUCUCCUCUCGGUUCUCUUUGAUGUGGAGAUCAUGGCUGUGACCCUUGACCCCUGUGAGUACUUCCUGUUCUGUGGCGGCAGCGACGGGAACAUCUUCCAGGUUUCUCUGAGCACUCAGGGCGCGUCGGCCGAGAAAUCGUUCCCGUGCGAUGGCGCUGACGGGAAGCAGAUGUUCAAAGGUCACAGGAAGAUGGUGACCUGCCUGUCGGUUUCCACGGACGGGACACUUCUGGUGUCAGGAUCGCAUGACGAGUCGGUGCGACUUUGGGACAUUCAAAGCAAGCAAUGCCUCCGUUGCUUUGCCCACAAAGGCCCAGUGACCAAUGCCACGAUCACGGUGGCUCCGGCCAACAUGUUCCUGCCCGACUCGCGCCCCUCCGUCCCGCUGCCGCGGUUCAGCCGCCACCAGCUGGAGGGCGACGCCGGCCAGUCGGGUGACGUGUGCGUCCGCCUCGGACUCCACGCUCAGGAGGAGGAGCCGGCCUAUCUGCAGAAAGCCCAGAGGCUCAAUUCCUUAAUGAACACCGUGACGGACAAGUGGCUUUUUGGAGAUGGUGAGAACACCAAAGUGCGUGUGGUAGAGUUGGAGGAAGAAGUUCAAACGCUGAAGAAGGUCAACAAGGAUUUGUACGACUUCUCAAGUCAGCUGCUGACAAAACCCACGUAAAGACUUUUUUAACGACAAUGUAGUGUUUUUUUUUUGUUUGUUUGUUUUUGUUUUUGACAUGACAACAUUCAAGUCUUUUUUGUAAUGAUGAUUUUUUUUUUUUUUUAAUCUCUUCCUGUCCACUGAGCAUCAAGCACGAUUCCCUGAAAUAAAACCGACUUGAGCAUCUG